AUGGUGUACAUCAAAGACUGGCCCGAAUUCCAACAACGUAGCAUCAAGCUGUACCAGCAAAACCCACACAAGACGCGCUACCUGCUCAAAUUCCGCCCGUCCACGCACAGCUUGACGCUCAAGGUGACCGAUGACACCACCACGAUCAAGUACCGAACGCGAUCCUCGGCGAUCCUGGGAAGAUUGGAGAUCUUCAACAAGGCAAUGACGUAUGCGAUGGCUGGAUCGAGGCAGCCGUUGGCGGAUGCCAAUCCUGAGCCCGUUGCGGCAGCGGCAGCGACAGCGACAGCAGCGACAGCAGACGGAUCAGCAACAACACCAGGGGGAUCAGCGGCGGCGUCAGCGGCAAAUGGAACACCGGCAGCAGGCGCAGCAGCGUCAGAUAAGAAGAAGAAAAAGAAGAAAGGUAAAAAGUAG